CGACGGCUCUGUGCUGGAGAGGGACGCAGUGAAGCUGGCCUCGGCUCGGAUAUGACUAAUGUUUGUUUGAUCGAGGUUUGUUUGCUGCUUAGUAAUUGCACGGGCUUCGGAUGAAUCUUUGGCUUCGUACUUCUCAUCACUCCUUUGACUGAUUUCCAUGUCUUGCUUGUGAGAGUUUCGAUACAGGAUCAUCAGGACUGCUCAUCGUCCAUUACCGAUUGUCUGUGACUGGUCCAGGCCGGAGUUCCUUGUUGGGUGACCCACACUCCUUCACAGGGGCCAUGGAGGAGGAGGGGCAGCAUAGCAUGGAGUGUAUCCAGGCCAAUCAGAUCUUCCCCAAGAAGUCCCCCGUCCUGGAGGAGGAAAACAUGCAGGUGCCCUUCCCUCAGCUGCACGGGGAGUUCACAGAGUAUGUGGGGAGAGCAGAGGAUGCCAUCGUCGCGAUGUCCAACUACCGCCUACACAUCAAGUUCAAAGAGUCUGUUGUCAACAGUUGUUGUUGUGAGGUGUCAGUCCCUCUUCAGCUAAUAGAGUGCGUGGAGUGUCGGGAUAUGUUCCAGCUCCAUGUCACCUGUAAGGACUGCAAAGUCGUCAGGUGUCAGUUCUCCACCUUCGAGCAGUGUCAGGAAUGGCUGAAACGCCUGAACGUGGUAGUUCGCCCUCCCUCUCGCCUGGAGGACCUCUUCUCCUUCGCCUUCCACGCCUGGUGCAUGGAUGUGUACGCCGGAGAGAAGGAGCAGCACGGCGAGCUGUGCAGACCAGGCGAACACGUGACCUCCUGGUUCAAGAACGAGGUGGAGAGGAUGGGCUUUGACACUCAAAACGCCUGGAGGAUAUCUGACAUCAACAGCAAGUUCCGACUGUGCCCCAGCUAUCCUCAGCAGCUCCUGGUGCCAGCCUGGAUCACUGACAAGGAGUUGGAAAACGUGGCAGCCUUCCGCUCCUGGAAGAGGUUUCCUGCUGUGGUUUAUAGGCACCUGAGCACAGGAGCUGUGAUCGCCCGCUGCGGUCAGCCAGAGGUCAGCUGGUGGGGCUGGAGGAACGCUGAUGACGAACACCUGGUCCAGUCCAUCGCCAAGGCCUGCGCCGUGGACAGCAGCUCACGCAAACACCUCCCCAACGGCACCUACACCAACGGCUCCGACCUGCCUGAUACAGACUUUGAAUCCUCCAUGUCCAACAGCUCAGAGGUGGAGACGUUGGUCAUCCAGCCCCACAAGUUACUCAUCCUGGAUGCCAGAUCCUACGCUGCUGCUGUAGCAAACAGGGCCAAGGGGGGAGGCUGUGAAUGCCCAGAGUACUAUCCCAACUGCGAGGUGGUGUUUAUGGGCAUGGCCAACAUCCACUCCAUCCGCAAGAGUUUCCAGUCUCUGCGUUUCCUCUGCACUCAGAUGCCUGAUCCAGCCAACUGGCUUUCUGCACUGGAGAGCACCAAGUGGCUGCAGCACCUGUCCCUGCUGCUGAAGGCGGCGCUGCUUGUGGUCAACGCCGUGGAUCGAGACCACAGGCCCGUCCUGGUGCACUGCUCUGACGGCUGGGACCGCACGCCUCAGAUCGUUGCUUUGUCCAAACUGUUGCUGGACCCUUACUACCGCACUAUUGAGGGCUUCCAGGUUUUGGUGGAGACCGAGUGGCUGGACUUCGGCCAUAAGUUUGCAGACCGCUGCGGCCAUGGAGAAAACUCUGAGGAUCUGAACGAGCGCUGCCCUGUCUUCCUGCAGUGGCUGGACUGUGUUCACCAGCUGCAGAGGCAGUUUCCCUGCUCCUUUGAGUUUAAUGAGGCCUUUCUGGUGAAGCUGGUGCAGCACACCUACUCCUGUCUGUUUGGCACGUUCCUGUGUAACAGCGGCAAAGAGAGGGAGGACCGCCAUGUUCAGGAGAGGACCUGCUCGGUGUGGUCGCUGCUGAGACCGGCCAACCGCACACUGAGGAACAUGCUGUACUCCUCACACUCCGAGACCGUUCUCCACCCGGUCUGUCAUGUGCGCAACCUGAUGCUGUGGACGGCAGUCUACCUGCCCAGCUCCUCCCCCACCACCCCCUCCGAUGACUCCUGCGCCCCCUACCCUGUGCCCGGUGCCAACCCGGAGGAUGCACCACUGGGCAGAUGUACGAAGACUCGCUCCUUUGACAACUUGCCCAGUGCAUGCGAACUGGGAAGCUCCCUGGCUCCUAACCGCCGCUCCAGUGACCCGAGCCUCAAUGAGAAGUGGCAGGACCACCGGCGCUCUCUGGAGCUCAACAUGGCAGUGGGGCCUGAAGGAGGGGGGAAUCAGGAUCAGGAGGUGCGGUCUAAUGGAGUGGGGCCUUACCCAGACGGAGUGGACUCCGAGCUGGACGACAGCCCGCAGCCCCGGGGCUCACACGCUGAGCUUGGACAGGGAGCCUCUGCGAACCCAGCAACAACAGGAGACAACGCAGAGGAGGCUGAGCUCUCAGUGGCAGUGGGCGUGGCCGAGGGCCAAAUGGAGAACAUUCUUCAGGAAGCCACAAAGGAGGAGGCGGGAGUGGAUCAGAGAGAGGGAAGUGCUGCUGUCACCCGUGUCAUUAAUGCUGCUGACACAGAGGUGGAGAGCGAAUCAAAAGCUGAGGACGAGGACGAGUGUGCUAAGGUCAACGGGACUGAGAUGCAGAGUGAAGCAUUUGCUAAUGGUCUCCGUCCAGAAAACGGCUUAAUGGAGCCUGAGGAGGAAGGUGAGUCUGUUCCUCUGCCCACACAGACAGCAGAGGAGCUGGAUCGGCAGGCGGCUGAGGUGACUCAGACACCAGAGGAUCUGGUGAAGCAGGACGGUGAAAACUCGCCUGUACCACCGGAGGCUGCACAUGGACCCAAUGAGUGUGGCUCAGGUGGGCCAGAGCAGCCUGCAGCCCACAGAACUAUAACUAAUGGCUUUGUGGACAGGUCACCUGAAGAGCCAGGUGUGGAUGAGGAGACCUGCCCUGACUCUGAAUCUGACCGCGGUGUCUCUGAGCCGGUGGAGCAGGUGGAUAAGAGGGCCUCGCUGAUGGAAAGCUCCACAGAGACUUUAACUGAAGAGGCCUGCAGCAGGUUGGAGCUCCCAGCACAGCCGCCUGUUUGUCUGAGCCGUCAGCCCUGCAGUGACGGCAGGAGCCAGCCGCCCUGCUCCAGGAAAGAGAAAGGGCUAGAGGCAGGCGAGCACGGCUUUAUCAGAACUUUAAACGGGGGCACCAAGCGACCCUCUGUCAGUGCCUUUCAGUCUAUGAGUGCUGACCUCAACAGGGACGGGCUUUGUAACGGCGACGUUUCUGACGGGGAGCCCUGCGGAGGUCCCCACUGGGCCAAAGGGAAUGGGGAGCGGGUCCCUCUGAGUCGACAGAUGUCCCUAGCAAGUUGUAACUCCCUGAUCCUCCAUCCUCGGGGCAGUUGCUCCCAGCACCGCUGGUGUCACGCCCCGCUGGGCCGGGCCGCCAUCAGCCCAGAGCAGCCGUCACGCAGUCACCUGGACGACGACGGGCUGACGCUGCACACCGAUGCCAUCCAGCAGAGGCUGAGGCAGAUCGAAGCCGGACACCAGAUGGAGGUGGAGACUCUGAAGAAGCAGGUGCAGGAGCUGUGGAGCCGCCUGGAGAAUCAGCAGCACACUGGCUCCCACAGGAUCAACGGAGACAUGGGAGACGAAGUGACCUCAAUGACAGACUCGGAAUACAACCUGGACCCCAACUGUUUGUCUCGCUGCAGCACAGAGCUCUUCUCAGAGGCCAGCUGGGAGCAGGUGGACAAGCAGGACACUGAGGUGACCCGCUGGUACCCCGACCAUUUGGCAGCCCAGUGUUACGGCUGUGAGAGCAGGUUCUGGCUCGCCACCAGGAGGCAUCACUGCAGUGGCAGGGAGCCUGUCCAGGAGGUCUGGAACUGCGGUAACGUGUUCUGCGCCAGCUGUUGCGACCAGAAGAUCCCAGUGCCAAGCCAGCAGCUGUUUGAGCCCAGCCGCGUCUGUAAGACCUGCUACAGCAGCCUCCAGCUCAGCUCGGUGCCCCUGGACCUGGAGCUGGAGAAACCCAUCACAGCCAGCUCCAACUGAGGCUCAGAGGACAGGGACGGGAGGACGGGAGGAUGGGAUGGGGUCGGGCUGAGCUGCCCGCCGCUGACCCAGGUGCACUGCUGAAGAAGAGCACAGGAGCUACACAGAAUGUCCCAUGUACUUUAUGUGUGUGCGCGGCAGCAUAUGGAGUUUCGUGUAUAUACAGAGGAUGACGUGACGGCGGAGCUGAAUGACGUGUUUUUUUUUUUUGCGAGAUGCCGAGCGCUCUGAACAGUGGGUGUGCACAGGGGUGGGUGGUGAGUGUGUGUAAGUGUGUGUGUGAGAAGAAACUGCACAUUCGCCACACAGAGGGUUUGUGGCGGUGAUGGGACAGCACUCCGAGGCCAGAGGAGUGAGAGUGGACAUCCUGGUGCCUUGGACCAGGCAAGGAGAGAAGGUCGUCUCACUGUGUUGCUGAAGUCUCUUGGAGGACUUUGGUCCAUUGAAUCUGCUUUCCCCGCUCAUCCAUACUUCUUAUCAGACUUCUACCUGCCAUCAUGGACUUCUUCUUUUCACUGCAGCGAUGUGGAAAAUCUCCUGGCGAUCAGGUCACAGUCCCUCAGCAUCAGAAACGAUUCUCACACGUGUGGUUUAGGGAGAAGCUUAAAGGGUCAGUUCACACAAAUUACCAACAGAAGCUCACGUCCUCUCUGACCUGCUCUGGUAUCAUCUCAGAGAUUUCUGCUGCCAAACCAGGACAGUGGAGGUGAAUUGAAUUCAGGGCCCAAUGUUACAUAUUUAAAUUGCUUGUUUUCUCCAACCCACAGUCCAAGAUGCAAAGAUGAGUUUAAUAACACGACGACGAUUAUUGAUCCAAUUUUAUAAGUGGACUGUUCAGUUUACAUGUGGAUGUAGGACUGCUCACGAUUAGCAAACUGACCACAACAAUCCACAGACCAGUUUAUUGGGUGAACUGACCCUUUAACAAACUGUGGGCUGAAUCUCAACUCGGCGGGUUUGCUUGCUUUGGUUUUGGUGAGUUUUUAAUCAGCUUUUCACACAGAAUGACACAUACGUGUGUGUAUAAGUACAGUAUAUACAGCUUGGCAUGUAAAUACAAAACAGACAAAAAAAAAAAAAGAAUUGUGACGUUUGGAGUUUGUGUUUCUGAGUGUGUUGAGAUUCAGCCCAGAGAGCAGACUGAUGCUGAGGCCGAGGAGUUUUCAGAGCCUUGCCUGUGUGACCAUUAACUAAACGCUGUUAGGAUGCUCACACUGUUCUGUUCUUCUUUUCAGUACUUAUCUCGACAGCGAGGAGAGUAAAUUAUUAUUAUCAUUUUUUUUUAACAAUCAGCCAUGUGAGUCUUACAGCAGGACUUGUUAGUGAUCUGUAGAAAAGGCUUUAGAACAUCGGACCCUUUAACAGCUGACGGCCGCUCAGCGCUUCCACACUGACUGACUGUUAUUCCUCGUCCGCUCUGAGCGUAGACUGAUGUGUUGUGGCGUUGUCGGUUUGUGUCAGACGGCAGACGAGCUGCAGGUUGUCUGUGCCCGACACAGACUGACUGACUGUGUAAUCUCUCCUGUUAGCCAUACCUUCAUGCCCUUCUCUCACAGCAGCCCCCUUUUUUUUUUUUUUUUUUUUUUAACCCAGCAGGCACUGGGAGCUGGACAUCUCACUUUUCAAUCCUUUGCUGGGAAUCAGAAGUGAAGGUGUGAAUUUGACACAUUUAAAUUUUUCCAUGCUCACGUUCAAAAGACAUGUUUUCUUUCUUCUUUUUUUUUUUUUUUUUUUUUUAAUGACUAUUAUGAUGACGGCGGUCAGCUGUGACCUCACUUGUGAUUUCUGCUUUGAUUGGCUGAAACGUGGCGGAGAGCAGCAGCAGAAAGGGCUCUUGGCGUUUUCCUUAAAGUCUGUAACUCCACAUGAAAUCUGUCAGAGAAGCUUCACUGAGACGCCCCCUCUGCCUAACACCCAUUCAAUGACCUUGCACACACACACAAACACACACAUAUUUUUUUGUAAAAUAAAUGAAUAAAAUAAUAUAUUCAGAUACCUAUAUAGCAUUUAAGAAAAUGUAUGGAAUCCUUGAAUAGUGGCUCACUUAAUUAGUCACCAAAAACUUUUUUUUUUUUUAAAUUUCUUUGUUUUCUUAUGUUGUCAAUUGCAGAAAAAUACCUAUAUUUUACGACCUGUUGAAGGUAACAGGUGUUUUUUGUUGUUUUUUUAAAUAGAGAAGCAGGGUUUCCUGUUUUGAUGCUGCAGUGGUUUUCUUCCCUUUUAAAUGCGAUCAUGACUUUGAUUUUAUUUAUUAAGGUUUUGUUGUUGAAUUGCUGUUUUAAAAUCCAGACAAUUCAAAUUGCCACAGGAUAAUCAGUGUUUGUGGGACGGGGAGAGACAAAUGCUUCUGAUCCGUGGCUACAGCGACCCCCGUCAUUUCUGUUGUGUGUUGGCCAACCGCAGCGUUGAACGGUGGAUCAAAUGAUUUUUCCCAAUCGGGGGGGGGGAGUCAGAGGUGUCAUCGAGCAUCAUGUGACCUCUGACUAUCGCAUGUCAGAAUAAAAGAACGAGUUUGUCUGUAGCCAGCGAGGCGUCUAUGCACUGAGAGAAACGUGGUCCAAAACAAGCAGCCUGAACCCAAAAUAAAAGCCCCCCCGACUCUCACACACAAACACAUUUACUCCACCAAAACCCAUCAAACAAACAAACACUACCUCUACUUUGUACACACACUCGUUCAUGCACACACACAUUCACACUGAGCUUUUAGUUUUGUUUCCCAGAUUCACGGCAUCAAAGAAUGGCCUUUUGUUGUUACUAUUGAAAAUCUGUUUUGUUUCUGUUCCUGUUUGUCAGCUGGAGCAUCAAAGGUACAGCACAUGGCCGCAGACUUUCAUUUUAACCACGAUCUUCUUGUUGAGACUGCCAAGCUUUUUUUUUUUUUUUUUAAUUCCUCAUCCAGCUCGUCCUGUCAGCAGAGGACCUGCCUGUGCUCCUCUGAGCAGCGGGUCAGGUCGUCGCUGUGGUUCUGCCACGCUGACUGACACAGUUCUGACUAUCAGAGGAAAUACAUGAAAAUAACUGUGACUGACAGCAGACUGUUGAACUGUGCUGCAGCUGUACCUCUGAUUCCUGUUGGCUUUUACUGUGGUGGUAGUAGCAGAUGAUUGAGGUGUGCAGUGGUCAGAGCAACACCAGGCUUGAAGUGUUUUUCUCGCUGCCCUCCUGUGAUAGUGGUGAACGUGUUUAGUUCAACAGCUCGACCUUUAGGUUUUGAAACAGAACAGAAAAAAAAAAGAAUAGUUUGCCCCUGGUCGAAGAGACGCUGUCAUUUCUGUAAAUUACUGGUUUAUAAAACACUCAAACAAGUGAUGCCAUCACAAUAAGAGUGAUGCAUUAACUGACCAAACCUUUGUGAUGGUCCUGCUGCAGAAAAUGAAAGGUUUGGUUUGACCCUGACCAGCCUCUGUCUAAACCAGCUCUCAGAUAAAAUGGACAACUGAUCUGGAGUCAGUACCCAGACUUUACAUCUCAGACUGUUAUGUUGAUACAAACCUGGCCUCUAAUGUAAGAUCAGGCUCCUGUUAACUGAUGAUUUAAUCCAAGGCUUCACACUCCUCUCAGACUUACGUGGCUGUGUCCUAAAUGUUGAAAGAAGAUAGUUUGCCAACACUUCAUAAUUCAUGUUGUCUUAAAUACAGACUAUCAGAUGUCAACGAAGGACUUGAUUAGAAAUAGAGGACUAGAUGAGACGUGUAAUUUCUCUUUGAUCGGUCCAGUGUGAGGCCACGGCUCUUACAGCGUCUCUCCGUCGUUUCACCACCGUCACAGGCAGGUAGAGCACCAAGCUUGUCUUGUUCAACAAUCCAUGAAUGUGAAUUGUUAUUUAAAAA